AGAAACCAUAAUCGUACAGAACAUCUGAAGGUCGGCAAACCGGUUAGUAAGGAUUUCUAGUCUGGAUCUAAUCGCUCUCGUACAACUAGUUUUGUUUGGAAGCUUGGUACUAACAUCUACAGAUAUUUAUGUUAUUAAAAUAGGCUUAUAAACUUGAAUUUAUCAUUUACCAGAAGCAGUUUCUUCUAAAAGUAUUCUUAAAUAAUUUCAAACAGAAUAUAUACAGUAGGUUAAAGGGACCUUUAUCUUUUUGUUCCAAUUCUAUAAUAUCUUCGAAGCUCAUGACUCAUACACGGAGUUAAGUUUGAAUAGCUGUCUAGGGUUCCGUCGGAGUUUUAAUGACGCCAUCUCAUCUCUCGAUUAUUUUGAUGAUGUUUUUUCUACUCACAUACUGUACUACUAAUCGGUAUUGCUUUAUUUUCUGAGUUAUAUAACAUAUUAACAUAGGUGUUUCAGAAUUAAAUAAAAUAUUUUAGAACUUUACUCGUUGUAAAUACUUUAUUGCUGCCUCUGGGUCCCAAUUCCUCUACAUAACGAUUAGAGAACGAAAAUGACAAAAUUCGUUUUCUCCUAAGAUAUUGCCAUCUCAAUAAUUGGUAAUUUCAUCGUAUUGACAGUGAGUGUUCCGCCCCGUACAUAAUGUUGAAAGCGGAAUUGCGGCCCUGGUCAAAUAAAUGCCUUUUGUCAUUUAUUUCUCGAGUAGACUUUCUGGAACUUUUAACUCUAUACUCUUAUUCAUUUUAAUAAUUCACUUGGGGUGAAAAUUCUGCCCGCUCAAAAGCUCUGGCCAAAACCAGGGCUCCCAUUCUGCUGUUUACAAUUUCCGAUGAAUGGAAAUUCCGGAACACUCACUGUCAUUACAAUGAAUUUUAAAUCAUUGAGCUGGCAAAAUUUUGAGGUCUUCAAUCAAAUUUCCAUGUAUUUAUCGGACAUUGUAAAUAGCAGAAUCGAGGCCCUGGUCUAAAAUUGUCUCGAAAAGACGACGAAAUAAUAACGCUUUUAAGAAAACGAUUUAUACAAAACCCGUAUAAGGAGACGAGCUCGCACUUUUGUUUUUGUGCUUGUUGUCUUUAAUAUGUUAAUGUCAAGGAAAAUAAAGUUUAGUGAGCGUUUCUGAGUGGUCUGACUUGCAUGUCUAGUGAACAUGUAUUUAGAUAAAGUUAAAACAUUGGUCGUUAUCCUGUGUAGUCUCUGUUAUGUCUCUUGCGAACUCGGACUGCCGGAGGGUGCGUCUUGCUUCACACAGGGUGCCAACGGGACAUGUGUCGAGCUAGGCAGAUGUGCUUCAGCCAAUAGAAUUAAUUUAUUCUUGACAGCAGGUUAUCCAAGAAGUCAGUUUCCUGAGUUACCGGAUAUAUGUUCGUACAGCGGCAAGCUGCCAGUUGUGUGCUGUACAGAUUGUAGCAUUUCUGAAAAACCAUACUAUGACACUGCUUUAUUACCUUUAGGGACAUUCGGUUCUAAAGAAGGUACAGUCGCGUGGAAAAAAUGCAUAGACUACUUCCAGCGUUUACCUUACAAAUGUCACGGGAGUGGUGUAGCCGGAGUAAAGAGGGAUUGGAAUGACGAGAAGAAAUGUUACGAUAUACAAAUAUAUGGAGCUCUGGGCGUGGGAGGACGCGACGCUGAGAGAUGGGAGUUCCCACACUCGGCAUUAAUCGGGUAUGGCGAUGAUGUGGAGACAGCGGAUUGGCUGUGCGGAGGCUCCGUCAUCAGCGAGAGGUUCAUACUCACUGCAGCUCACUGCACAGCGGCUGGAGCUUUGGGCAGCGUAAAAUUUGCGGCACUCGGCCUGUUAAAACGCACAGACCCUAAGAAGUACUGGAAAAUACAUAAUGUCAAGAGAAUUAUAAAUCACCCUGAGCAUAAGCCACCUUCCAAAUAUCAUGAUAUAGCUCUCCUGGAGACUGAGACUGAGAUGAAUUUUGGCAAUGAUCUGCUGCCAGCAUGCCUUCAUACGGGAACAGAAGAAAUAAGUACAGCUGAGGCUUCGGGAUGGGGGCGUCUGGGAUACAGACAGGCUUUAGCGAAUACCCUGCAAGUAGUUGAAAUAACACAGUAUAACGAUUCAGAAUGUGCAUCUAUGUACAAGCCUCACCGACUGCUAGAGCAUGGUUAUGAUCGGAAGACUCAGAUGUGCUACGGAGUUUAUAAUGCAGCUGUUGACACGUGCGAGGGCGACAGCGGUGGUCCUCUCCAAAUUCAUCGUUUUAAAUGCCUGUACACCGUUAUUGGAAUAACAUCAUAUGGCAAAGACUGUGGAAUCCCCGGCUCAGCUGGCAUGUACACCAGGGUCUCGUACUACGUGCCCUGGAUCGAGAGCAUCGUAUGGCCAGUAGAAUUUGAGCAACAGAAGAAACUGGACGAUGAAUGGCUGGACAAAUGGUUACAAAAACCCUCAAAUUUGUCGCAAGAAAUAAAACCUGUUAUGUAAAA